AUGGGCGGUGCUGAAAAGAAGUGUCAACAUGUCCCAAUGCCGUUUGAGACUGUAAUACUGAAACAACAAUUACGAGGCGAGGAAAAUUUAUUUAGUUUAUCAGGAUUGAACACAAGCGACAAGAUGUAUUCAAGGAAUCUCGUUCUCGGCGGUCAGAAGCCUCGUGAUGGGAUGGAGGAGAGUCUCGUUCCCAAAGAAAAACCGGCGGCAAAAAAAGCUGUUGACAUGGUGACGGUGUUUGUACCGGAAGCUGUGGCAGAGAACCAAGUCUACUGCAAAUCCGUAACGUCAAUCUUAUCGAAACAAGAUUACCAGAACUACCUCCCAGUAUAUAGACCACUUACCGAACCGUUGACACUGGAAGCGCGACCUGCACGUCCAUGUUACGUCACGAUCCUUUAUCUAUUUUUGGGGAUUCUGUUCUUUCUGUUGCUGGCGGGAAUAACAACCUGUAUAUACCUGGCGAUCACACAAGAUUAAUUCUUAACCAUGAAGACCGGAUUGUCUCUCUUUUUUUAAUCCUCCGCUAGGUUUUGUCCUGGAAAAUACAACGAGCAAAGCAUAGUGGAGACUGUACAAAGGGAGAUAAUCGUGUUAACUGUUAUCCUGUGCACAGAAAGACACACCUGAUAGGUAUUGUAAUAAUCCCGAAAGGUGUAGAAAGAAAGAAAAAUCAUUUUGGAACAGGUUGUCAACGAGAAAUACAUGGGCAUCUAUAGAUUGGUACGAACAGUCCAUGAUUCAAUAGAUGUAGGAACAACUUAGGAGUUGUUUCGUAUGAAAUCAUGCAGAGAAAAAUUUUAAUCAGUUUGCUGCUGUUAGAAGAAGAAUCUAGUGCUGUUCCGAAAGAAUAAUACAGUGAUGUUCAGAAAGAAUGAUGAAUGGUUGCCCAGAAUCCAUUUCUUCGAGUGAAUUAAUAAUGUGUUGAUGAAAGUGCCAAAAUUGUACCUCUCCAGCAUAAAAUUUCUGUCUUGUGUUCAGCACAUCGUGUGAGAUUUGUACAUAGGCAUGCGAGAAUGAAAUUAGACAAUGUCCCAUUGGUGCUGACUAUUUUCGGGACAAAUUGUCAUCUGUAGGAUGGAGAUGUUUGUUAGAGGAUGUAUCUGUUUGAAGAAUGACUUUCAUUAUCAUUUAUCAACCUAUGUGGAAAAAAGACCAGUAUUAUGUGAAAGAGGAUUUUGUUAUCGCAAAAUUGGCGAUAAAAAUACUGUGAUAUUCAAAAUUAUGACUUAGGUCACUCGAAUUAAAGGGCGACAAUCAGUAAUAACAAAAGUCCCUAAUUGAACUGUAUUGUAUUGUAUUGUUUUUCCUUGAAUUUUUAUAAUUAGAUUUUUUAUUGAUCAAAUUUUGUAGAUGAUGUAUAAAUCAAAGUUGAUAUCCAAACGGAACUUUAAUUAAUAUUGAUACAACGGCGAACACAUUCCAUCAUUGUAAUUAUUUUAAAAUCUAAUCAUUAAUUUCAUUUAAAGAUAUUAUCUAGGUUACUAUAUAGAUAUUACCCAUAUCAUCAUACUGUCUUAUGAGCGUGUUUGUUUUCUUUCUUUUUUGGACAUCAGUGUCCAAAAUAUCCUUGCUCUUAUUUCUAUCUCUCAAUUAUAUUUUUACAGUAGGUUUGUCUCGAUACUAAAGCUUAGGGAUGACAAAGCUUGACUCAUUUUAAUGUUUUAUCUAAGACGAUUCAAGCGUCUCAUGGAUCAUGAGUCAUGGUGCUGUGAUGUCAUACAGAAAUUAGAAUAUCGAUCCGACACUGAAGGAUUCGGCGAUGAAGUAGACAUCCUUGAAGCUUCAACCAAUUACAAUAACAAGCUUUUUAUUUAUUUAAAUUGUCUGGAAUCAAAAGUUAUUCAAUUGUUUUCGUGAGUAGUGUUGUUAUGUAAUUUCGUGGUACUUGUGUUGCAAAUCGUGAUUUUCACAAAAAAGGAAAAUUAGGAUGAAAGGCCAUUUUACUUUUUAUCAACUAAACUACGAAAUGAAGUAGUUGUCAUUAGUCAUAGUUUGUAAAUUAGUUUUGCUUACUAUUUUUUCAUUUAUUUCAUAAACAUGCAUUGAAUUUUUAAACUUAAAUGUAAGUGUGUAAUCUGGUUCGAGAGGUUGUCAGCCUUAGUUUGAAACAGAAGAGUAGUUGUACUACACUAAGGCCAGGGAUAUCGGUCAGUGUUAUUUUGCUGAUUGCAAAAUCCAGAUUAAGGUUUCAUAUCAAGCAAAGAUGAAACUAUGUCAGUAUCCUACUAUUAUCGCUUUUAGAAUCUUCACCAAAUCAUGGACGCGAUUUCUAUGUUUGUAAUGUUGUCUUUUUUAUACGUAUAUUUUGAACAAUAAAACAAAAGUA